UGUGGGACUAAGCCUUGCGAAUGAUAAAGAAAAAAACUGCUUAGUUUCAUUGGAAAAACUAACGCAAAUACCAUAUUGACUUUUUCUCGCCCUACUUCUAAGGAUAGAUAGUUUAGGUCGGAGAGAGUGACUUUCUGAAAUUCUCUCCUUUCCAAAGCUGCGCAAGGCGGCCCCCCCAGAACAAAGCCCUACCCCUCUUUUAUCUCUCCCCCUUCUUUAAUGAAAGACCCUCGCCUCACUUUCUAUUCAUUUUUCGGGACCCGAGGGCCUUUUUUUUCAAGAGGUGAUUUCGAGAAUCAACCAACCGACAUAUCUGCAGCCCAGGUGACUCCUCCACAGCCUCCCUCUCGCCCAAAUGAAAUGGGAUGAAUCAAAUCAAUAAGCUUAUUGCUUGAUUCAGGGCACAACGAAGCCAAAUUCAAUCAAGGCAAUGAGGCUUACUUUUCCUGACGCUGAGUCAUCCUAUUCCAAUUUAGCUAUGCUAAUGGAACAGGAAAAGUUUUCAAAUGAUAUGGACCCCAAGAGAUGAGCGAGAACCCCCAAUUGCUUAGGGGUCGCACUCUAUCCCGCUUGGUGGACUAAAUCUUCUCUCCUUUUAGAAUGAUUUCUCCCACACACCUUUGCCCUCUUUCACCGAAGGAAGAGGAAGGAAAAAUAAAUCUUCCAAGCGGCCUAAAAUCAAAGGACCUAAAUUUCCAUUAGAUUCAUUCCUAAGCUUGCUUUGUUGUAGCAAGAUGAUUAGUCCGAGAGUGCUGGAGAGAAGAGAAAGCGGUAAAAACCUCUCGAAUUCGGUCACUGAGCAGUCGACGAUUCUUUCACUGUAUACCCCCCAUCCUUCGGAGAUGGAACGAAGGACACUAUAAUUAUAUAUAAUAGGGCCCCAGAAUGCUAAAAGGUGGGGGAAUAAGAGUUGUCACGAUAGAAAAGAGCAAGAAAUGACUAUAAGGAACCAACGAUUCUCUCUUGUUAAACAACCUAUAUUCUCCACACUUAAUCAGCAUUUGAUAGAUUAUCCAACCCCGAGCAAUCUUAGUUAUUGGUGGGGGUUCGGUCCGUUAGCUAGUAUUUGUUUAGUCAUUCAGAUAAUGACUGUCGUUUUUUUAUCUAUGCAUCACACACCUCAUGUGGAUCUAGCUUUCAACAGCAUAGAACACAUUAUGAGAGAUGUUGAAGGGGGCUGGUUGCUCCAUUAUAUGCAUGCUAAUGGGGCAAGUAUGUUUCUCAUUGUGGUUCACCUUCAUAUUUUUGGUGGUCUAUAUCAUGCGAGUUAUAGCAGUCCUAGGGAAUUUGUUCGGUGUCUAGGAGUUGUAAUCUUCCUAUUAAUGAUUGUGACAACUUUUAUAGGAUACGUACCACCUUGGGGUCAGAUGAGCUUUUGGGGGGCUACAGUAAUUACAAGCUUAGCCAGCGUCAUACCUGUAGUAGGAGAUACCAUAGUGACUUGGCUUUGGGGCGGUUUCUCUGUGGACAAUGCCACCUUAAUUCAUUUUUUUAGUCUUCAUUAUUUACUCCCCUUUAUUUUAGUAGGUGCCAGUCUUCUUCAUCUGGCCGCAUUGCAUCAAUAUGGAUCAAAUAAUCCAUUGGGUGUACAUUCAGAGAUGGAUAAAAUUGCUUCUUACCCUUAUUUUUAUGUAAAGGAUCUAGUAGGUUGGGUAGCUUUUGCUAUCUUUUCUUCCAUUUGGAUUUUUUAUGCUCCUAAUGUUUUGGGGCAUCCCGACAAUUAUAUACCUACUAAUCCGAUGCCCACCCCGCCUCAUAUUGUGCCAGAAUGGUAUUUCCUACCGAUCCAUGCCAUUCUUCGCAGUAUACCUGACAAAUCGGGAGGUGUAGCCGCAAUAGCACCAAUUUUUAUAUAUCUGUUGGCUUUACCUUUUUUGAAAAGUAUGUAUGUACGUAGUUCAAGUUUUCACCCGAUUCACUAAGGAAUAUUUUGUUUGCUUUUGGCAGAUCACUUACUACUAGGUUGGAUCAGAUGUCAACCUGUGGAGGCACCAUUUGUUACUAUUGGACAAAUUUCCCCUUUUGUUUUCUUCUUGUUCUUUGCCAUAACGCCCAUUCCGGGACGAGUUGGAAGAAGAAUUCCUAAUUCUUACACGAAUGAGACUGAUCACACCUGAUCAGUGAAAAAUUCUGACACCAAUCAUUUACGAGUGAGUAUACACCAAGAAUUGACAAGCGGA